CUCGUCGCGGCCGAUCGUCACCGGCCCAGACUCACAGGCACUGAUUCGCUGGCUGUUAGAUAACAAAACCUUCCUACCCUCCUCCACUUUCUCUUCUUCAUUCCUGGGCUUCUUUUCGUGCCACUCGACUCUUUCGCGCCUCUGUUUUCGGCCACUGCUUACUACAAUUGUUGGUUUUGGGGUGCCUUGGGCCAAACGCAGAGAAAGCUCUACUAACAUAGUGACCCUCCCCCCGAGCUUGAGGACGACUGCGUGUUGGAGAAGCCGUAAGAACCAAUCCAGGUUGAAGGAUGCCAUUUCUUACCAAACGAAGAACACGCCCUCAAGAUGCUGCCGAUGACGCAUUCCCUACGUCCCAGCUUUUUCUCCUUGCCCUCGUUCGAGUCGCCGAACCCAUCGCCUUGACAUCGAUACUGCCAUACGCUUGGAAGCUUGUCUUAGACUUUCAUGUGUGUUCCGAGUCGAAUGCGCCAUUGUUUGCUGGCUUGCUCAUUUCUGCCUUCUCGCUAGCUGAAGCAUGCAGUGGCAUGUACUGGGGCGGCGUCUCGGAUCGCAUAGGAAGAAAACCAGUGGUUAUCUGUGGAUCUCUUGGUACACUGUCUUCUCUACUACUCGUCGGUCUAGCUCCGAACUUCUGGGUUGCCCUCGCUGGCAGAAUUAUCGGCGGUGCUCUCAAUGGCAACAUUGGCGUCAUUCAGACGAUGGUGGGAGAGAUUGUCAAGCGACCCGAACACGAACCACGCGCGUUCGCCGUGAUGCCGUUUGUUUGGUCAGUGGGCACGAUUAUAGGACCCACCAUUGGUGGGUACUUUGCCGAUCCAGCCCAUAACUUCCCGUCUCUGUUCGGUACUACAGGUCUUUUCGCAAAAUUCCCAUACCUGCUUCCAAAUCUCAUUUGCUCCUCUUUGCUUAUGCUUUCCAUCGUCAUGGCAUACUUCUUCCUUGAAGAGACCCAUCCAGACAGACAGCCACGAGGCCAUUUCGAAGAGUACGAUGCAGCUGUCGCGGAGACCCCACUUCUCCCAGCCCAAGGCGCCACGGCCGACGCUCCAACGAACCUGACGACAGAUUCAUACGGAACGUUCAACUCGGUUGAGAUUCAGCAUGAUGAGAUAUGGCGUGUGCGGUCCAAUGGCGAUUGGAUCGAGCCGCCAGCCAGCGAGAAGGUGUUCACAAAUACCGUGGUCAUGUUCGUCGUAGCACUCGGUAUCUUUACCUACCACUCUAUGACAUACGAUCACCUCCUCCCUAUUUUCCUCCAAGACAAGCGCGCUGAUGAAGACUUCAACGCACUCGAGUUCUCCUCUUCCUCGCUAGGAGGUGGGCUCGGCAUACCGAUUCAGAACGUCGGCAUCAUCAUGUCCAUCAAUGGGAUCAUCCAACUGGGAAUCCAAGCAUUCGUCUUCCCUCUCUUGGCUGACUGCUUUGGCGUAUGGAGACUACUGCUUAUGGUCACCGUCGCCCACCCGAUCGCGUACUUUAUUGUACCGUUUUUACAACUUCUACCGGCCAAUCUGCUCUAUCCGGGUCUCUUUGUUUGCCUGACUGUUCGGAAUCUGACCUCGAUUAUCGCCUUUCCACUACUUCUAAUAAUGAUCAAGGAGGCUACGCCCGACAGGUCCCACUUGGGCAAAAUCAAUGGAUUGGCUGCUUCAACAGGCGCUGCCUGCCGCACGGUUGCGAGCCCUAUCGCUGGUCUCCUUUACGGUAUCUCCCUUGAGUUUCACUUCACACCUCUGGCCUGGUGGGGCUCGGCCUUUGUUGCCAUCGUCGGUGCACUACAAGUCCCAUUCCUGAACCGCGCAGCGAACAACUGCCACGCUCGAGUCCGCACUGCUGCUCGAUGCUGCUUAUCAAAGGAUCGUCCGCGAAACGACGUAGUGCGUAUAACCAUUGAGGGCGAGGAGUAAGACGAGAAGACGCGGAUCGGAGCGCGGCCGGAGAUAGCGAUUCAGCAUCAAAGUGUUUUUGAGCGUUUGCAGCGUGCUGUUUUUCUUGUGAGCUAGAUUGCAUGUAGGACUAUGAUCCAGCAUUACGGCGUUUGAAGACGACAACUUUGUCAACAGCCUGGACGGCAUCGGCGUUGGGCAUCACCUUUAUCUUUAGCGCAAAGCAUCACCGGCGUUGGGAUGAUUAGCAUCGGCGUAUGAAGUUUUCCCUCUAGAAGCAUACUCAUCAUGUCCAUAUCAGGUAUAGAUGCAAUCAAACGUACAUUUGUUUCAAAACAACCUUGGGUUGCAAGUGGACUAGAACACCGCAUGAAGUAGGUAAAUAAGCACGAUCCUUUGUGGGCUUCUAUGAACAUGGUGUAUCGUAGAAGGACUGGGUUCAUGAAUAGUGAAACCAGAAAUAGAAACGAGUGGGGAUUUUGAAAG